AUGUCUGAUAUUGAGAAGAUGAUCGGUGGCGACUACGCACAGCUCACAAACACCAACAUUCGCAGCUUCGGAUGGAAGGGCGUCACAGUCACCGUCAAGGAUAGGCAAUCGCAGCAGCCAAAGACCAUUCUCUCUGACAUCAAUGGCAUUGUCAAGGCUGGCGAGCUCCUUGCUCUCAUGGGACCUUCCGGUUCCGGCAAAUCCACACUGCUGAACGUGCUCGCACACCGAACAGCGGCUCUGGCUGCCAAUGUCAAGGCAGCCAUCUACAUCAACGGCUCGGCUGCCAACCCCAAGACCUUCCGGCGCAUCUCUGCCUACGUCGAACAAGAAGAUGCUCUUGUCGGCUCGCUCACCGUCCGCGAGACCCUCAACUUUGCGGCGCGUUUGUCGCUGCCCAGAACUGUCAGCAAACUCGAGCGCAUUCAGCGUAUCGAGGCACUCCUCACAGCCUUCGGUCUUCAAGGCCAGGCAAACAACUUGAUCGGUACGCCAAUCAGGAAGGGUAUUUCUGGUGGUCAGAAGCGUCGUGUGUCCGUUGCUGCUCAGCUCAUCACCAGCCCAAAGCUGCUUUUCUUGGACGAGCCGACAUCUGGUCUCGACUCCGCCGCCUCAUUUGAGGUCAUCUCGUUCGUGAAGGACAUCGCGAAGAAGCACAAUCUGAUCGUGAUCGCGUCGAUCCAUCAGCCGUCCACCUCAACAUUCGCCAUGUUCGACAAGUUACUGCUCCUGUCGCAAGGUGGCACUGCGUACAGUGGCCCUGUCUCCGAGGUCCAGCCAUACUUUGACGCCUGCGGCUUCCCAAUCCCGCUCUACAUGAACCCAGCUGAGUUCAUCAUCGAUUUCGUUAACACCGAUUUUGCUCGUGAUCGCAGCGAGGUCGACCAGCAGCUCAACAUGGUGCAUUCAUCGUGGCAUAAGUCACGCUUGGCUUCCGCCACCGUGACUGAGCUCACUGACGAAAUGGCCCGCAACUCCAUGGACACCGAUGUCAAUGCCGAGCAGCACGAGGCCUCUGCCGGGGCUAUCGCUAUCCCGAUGGCGCUCAUCCACCGAUCCUUCAUCAAAUCAUACCGUGAUAUCAUCGCCUACGGUAUCCGAAUUGCUAUGUAUAUGGGCCUGGCCGUCAUGAUGGGUACCGUCUGGCUCCGCCUAAACCCAACCCAAAACAACAUCCAGUCCUUCAUCAACGCCAUCUUCUUUGGCGGUGCCUUCAUGUCCUUCAUGGCUGUUGCUUAUAUCCCGGCUUUCCUGGAAGAUCGUGCUCUCUUCAUGAAGGAGCGCGCCAAUGGUCUCUACGGCCCAACUUCUUUCAUCAUCGCCAACUUCAUCACCGGCAUCCCAUAUCUUUUCUUGAUCGCCAUGCUCUUUUCGAUUGUCGCUUACUGGCUCUCGAAUUUCCGACCCACCGCCGAGGCGUUUUUCACCUGGGUCAUGUGGCUCUUCCUCGAUCUGAUCGCAGCCGAAUCCCUGGUCGUCCUCAUCAGCUCCCUGAUCCCUAUCUUCGUCGUUGCGCUCGCCGGUACAGCCUUCGCUAACGGUCUCUGGAUGUGCACGGGAGGUUUCCUCGUCCCACCACAGACGCUCAACCCGUUCUGGCGCUACGUCUUCCACUAUAUCGACUACCAAUCCUACGUCUUCCAGGGCAUGAUGGUCAACGAGUUCGGCCACCGCAACUUCACAUGCGCUAAGAGCGAAUCCGCGCCUCUUCGCUGCUCAUGCAUGUACGAGACUGAGCUCGCCGACAAGUGCCUCAUUGCUGGCACUGGUGUGCUCAAGAACUACGGCUAUGAAGUCGGCAGCACUGGCAAGUGGGUCGGCAUAAUGAUCGGCAUCAUCGCUGGCUACCGUGUGCUCGGCUGGUUGGUGCUGUACUUGCGACGACAAUAG